UCGCUCUCUCUCUCUCUUUGCUCACACACUCGCAGUCGCUGCUCUCUGACGGAUGGGGAUACACUGCCAAGGAGGACUUAGGGGCGAGAAGAGUGUGUUUCUUUUCUUCUCUGGGUGUGUUUCCUUUCUCUUCUGCCCGGCUUCCCCCCCCCCUCCCCCCCUCCUCAUGAGCUGUUAACUCCGACACGGGUCCCGAGGAUGAGGAGGAUCUAUGUGUGAGGAAGACACAACAAAGGAAGAGGAAACAAGGAGCAACAGGGUGGCAAAUUCUGCGAGCGUGAAGAUCUCUUGUUCUCUGAGUGAGGAGUCCUGACUCUCCGAGCAGCAGCCAUGUGAGUGGAGCUCUCACACAGUAGAGGAUGUCCACGUCCAUCUAGAGAAGAGCAGCCUCCCUCCUUUCCUUCCUCCCUCCCUCUAGCUCCCUUCCUUCUUCCCACAUGAGGAGGAGAAGAUGACUAUCACCAGCCGGCAGUCCUUCAAUGUCCUGACGGUCAUCUUCCUGCUGCUGUCCACUGCAGCUCUAUCGGCUCAUUACAGAGUGUGUGAACCCUACGACGACCAAAAGGGGAGGCCGCACUUCGGCUUUCACUGCCCGCGCCUCUCAGACAACAAGAACUUCAUGUUCUGCUGCUACCACAACAACACCGCAUUCAAAUACUGCUGCAACGAGACCGAGUUUCAGAUGGUCAUGCAGAUCAACCUCACCACCACCUCAGACGGUUAUGCACACAACAAUUAUACAGCCCUGGUCGGCGUGUGGAUCUACGGCUUCUUUGUCAUGGUGCUGCUGGCGCUUGACUUCCUCUACUACUCAGCCAUAAAUUACGAGCUGUGCCGGGUCUACCUGGAGAAAUGGGGUCUUGGGGGACGCUGGCUGAAGAAGGCCAGGAGUCAGUGGCACCGGUCCAUGCCGGAGGAGAGCGAGGCCCAGGCUCAAGCCCAGCCCAUGGUCCCCAGCCACUACCAGCCCAGACACAGCCUAAGAGGGGAGAGCCACAGCCCCACGCUCCUGCCCUACAACACAUCCACAGCAUGAAAGAUGCUGCAGGUGGACAAACUGAAGAGUAGCAACACCUUUCCUUACGUGGUACGGUGCAGAUGCCUGACAGAAGCCCCUCUCUGGAACACAGACACUUACUUAGUGGUGGGCUAGCCAUAUUGUAGUAGUUAGAAGAGACUACUGACCCUUUCUUAAGAGCACAAAAACACCUAUGGACUGAAAGAAGCAGGCCGACGUGGAAACACAGAGGACCUAGUGCUUCUGCUACCACAGCUGAGGAGCAGCAGACACAUUCAGUAGCUCACAGGUGUUCAGUGAUCCCUUGAAAUGGCUGCCAAGGCCUGCAGUAUCCCAAACGAAUCCAGGCUGAACUGGAUAAACUGUACUGGCAAGCGAGGAGCCCUGCCUGUUUUUGAAAAACAAAUCUCAUCUUUCUAGAUAGAAAAUGUUUAUUACGCUGCUGUGUCAGUUUGUGUUCAGUAGCAGUUAGACACAGUUGUGGGUUAUCUAUUUGGUGAAUUAUUUAUGUGAAGUAGUCAGAGAAAUAUGUGAGUGGUUAACAUUCGGAACAUGUAACAGCUUAGAUUGAUGCUGAGCAUCUCACGUAGAGUAGAGUUUUUGUUACUGAAACUAGACACAAAAUGUCUCUGCAGCCUUGCUGAAAAACACUAUCUUAUAUGAAAUGUUUGUGAUCUCCUUUCUGCAAAGUAAGCGAUUUCUCUAUAUUGUAACGUGUCUGACAAGGACACAACGCCAUACAGUUCAACUGCUGUAGAUCUAAAGGUUUUACAUUAGGUAAUUGAGAUUUUUCUCUUUGGUUUUUGACGGUGAGGAACUCGGGAUCCUGACACUCAAUAAGUUAUUCACCCAAAACAUUUAUGAGGAUCAGGGAUGCUUUCUCAACAGCAGCGCGCUUUAUGCUAAGUUGACCUUAACCCUAAUUGGCUCUGAGCCUACGAGCCCAUUUAAAUCCAUCACUUAUAAAGUUUAGUGUGAGACAGCCGGGGUAACCUCAUCCGAUGACUUGUUUGCCCUUCCUCAUUACCGGAGAUGCCUGAAAAACAGCUCCAUUAGCAAUAUGAUGCAAAUGAAUAUCCAUUUGGUUCUUUAAUAAGGAGCACUCUACAUCCCACACUGCGAUGAGAUAAUUGUUGUAAGUGAUUAGCCAUAAUAGAAAAUGUAAAAAAUAAAAAAUAAAAAUUCAAGCCCCCUCCACUGUCAGCAAUAAUGUACAGUAGCUUAAAUAGAAAGGAUGAUGUGGUAGAGUCAGAGGGGUCAGCCAAAUGAGCACGGGGUACUCAUUGAGAUGUAUUGCAGAGAGUUCAGAUCCGUUUACAUUUACUGUAAUAAGAAGGUGAAGUCAAUGGAACAAACAAAAAGUGUUUCUGAAUUAUGAAUUGAUACAGUAAGAAGUGUUUCUGAGUCAGCUUUGCAAGGAAAAAAAACAUUAUUUUCAUUAUGAAUCCAUGUGCCGUAACAUUAUUUCUCAAUUAUUCAAUGGGUCCAUAAAAUGUCAGAAAGUUGGUCAAACUGUCUAAACAACCCAUGGUAAGAGAUACAAAAUCCUUGUUUGCUUCUUUUAACCAAAUUUCUAAACUUGUAGUUUUCAGUUUACUGUCGUGUACAGAACAAGCUUAGAUUCUCCCACACUUAGACCCUGUGAGGCCUUGAAAAUUGCUUUAAGGAUGAGUCAAGUAUCAGUCAGUUAUUUUCUUAAUCAAUGAAUUGUUUGGUUUAUGAAAGGUCAGAAAAUAGAAAAUAAUAGAUUUCUUUGCAUUUAUGCCAAAACAAUUUUGAAAGUCUGAAGGAUUUUAGUUACAUUUUUAUAUUUGAGAAGCAAACUCAUGGGAACUGCAUGCCUGUUUGAGAAAAUUACCUUCAGCAUAAAUCAAUUUUCAGUGUAAUUUUCUCUCAGGGACUUAAAAGAUAAAUUGACCUAUUGUUGUAGCUCUAUGAUUUUACCAUUUAAAGAAAGAGCAAUUAAGGUGAAAACCCUAAUUACUGCUGAGAUAGCAUUUCUUAAAACCAAGCAGUUUUAGGUGCCCGGCUGGAUAUAAGCAAGAGUGCCUGUAGACCACAAGGACAGACGGCAGGUACAUAAAGAGAGGAGCGUCUGGUCUGUCCUAAUCUUUGCAUCUUCAACUGGUUAACACACUUUCCUUAGUACGGUCUAGAACUGCUCUUUUUGCAAAAUGUCUUAUGAUAAGAUCUGAAAUAGAAUGGAGCUAUACCUCUAAAUAUAAAGUGAUUGAUUUCAGAUAGCAGCAAGCAAAGCCAUGAGACUUCCCAUGUUUAUCCUCCCAGUUUCAUAAAGUUACAGUGAACCCUCUGAAAUCUGGUCAAAAGUGCUGCAGGCGUCAUCCUCAGUUAUCAGUAAUAAUGUUCGUAUUUGCAGAGUUGUUAGAGCAAGUUAUAACCCAUUUCAGUGGCUAAAGUUUAAUUGCGUGUGCGCCCCAGCAGGCUCAAGCUUUCAGAGGAAGAGGAAAAGGAUGUAUCCAAGUGAAAUAAUUGGCCCAGAGAUCAGCAGUAAUUCUGAAUUACACUGUCUGGCUUUCCUCUCUAACUGUCUCCUUACUCGCAAAGUGUCAACAAAAAGGCAGCAAACAUGGAGAAGUUUGAAAAGGUGAAUGGUGAAUGAACUUGGGCUUGCAUAGGGAUUUUCCAGUCUUCAAUCACAGCUGCUUCUAUACUACAGGUCACGGCUGCUCCCUAAAGUGCCCGAUCCCAUUUGUAAUUAACUAAACCCAAUUAUACAGAUUCACACGCCAAUGGCUUAGCAGCAGGAGCAUUUUUGGAACACUUCUACAUGUGGCUGCAGGAGCUGAGGAUCGAACGCCCAACCUUCCUGUUAAAAUACGAUUGAAUCUACCACUAAGCCACAGCUGCCCAAGGGUUAGGGUUAAAAAAAAUGGCUGCCGUAUGAAAAUGUUGAAUCUUGUUCCGUAGCACGGUUACUUGAGUCGCAAAAUAAAACGAGAACAGCUCCCAUGAAGGUAACAGUGAUGCUAAAUGUCGAUAGUAGACAUUCACAUUUCAAUUGUCGGACAGUCACUCAUCGCAUUGCCCAACUCUAACCAGAGCAUUAGUAAGGUUCUUCUUGCAGCCAAUCUUCAAUUUAAUGAGGCGUUUGAUUUGUUCACUGUAGCAGCAUCAACUCAGACAGUGUGUGGAAUGAUGUAUUUGACAGACAUGGCAGUUGCAAUGUAUUUUGUGUUUAAAUUGUUUGUUUUUGGAAACGUUAAGGUCUGAUUUUACAAAGCUGAAUGUUUUUUGUUUACAUGACAGGUAUCAAAUUUAGUAGGAAAAGGUAUCAAAGUACUCUUUUAGUGUUGUUUUUACUUUAAGGGUUCUGGUACAUUUUCUGAUACAGUUAUUUUUUUACAACAAUGCCCAGCCUUAAGCAGCGGAGAUUUGAAUGGAUCCAGAUACUGAAGAAGUGGUAAAAACUUGAUAUAGAGAAUGUGGCUUACAGGCCUAGACUACCCUGUGUAUUUUGGCCUGAAAUAAGUCAGAGAAGGUCUGUAUUAUCACCAGUAACAAUAUUGUGACACCCAGGGAAAUAAAAACCUAAUUUAGCCUCUGACAAGCCGUAGCAGGAUCAAAAAUGGAUUCCCUCAAGUUACAAAUGAGGGAUCUUUCCCCCCCCUCAUUUCUUAAAACAUGUUUUAACAUCAAUGGUUUUGUGCUGUUUUCUGUUUUUGUUGGAAAACAAACAGUCUGACUCUGGACUGAUGUGAUGUGGUACUGUGAAUUGUAUCAGCUCAACCUUCUUCCUUAAUAAAAAACAAACAAACAAAAAAAAA